AUGUAUGUAUAUCAUAUUUGAUACAAAAGAAAGAACUUAAUACAUAUUGCAAAAUAGGUCUUUAUUUAGUUUUAAUUAACUUACUACCUGCUCGCGAUAACUCUUACAUUGAUUAAACCGAGAAUUGCUUAUAUUAUGUUGCCGCCGUGAAAAGAAACCGAUCAGUCUUUAAAGAUUUCCGGGGCACUUUGCAUCUCAAUAUACAAUAAAAAUGCGAAACGUGUUUUUUGGAAUUCUUGUAUGGCUGCUGUAUGCGAACUGCAAGGCCGUAAAAGAUCCUUGCGAAGGUCUAGAGGAUGGCACACGCUUAUCUCAUGCCAUUCAGUGUGAUCGGUUUGUAAUUUGUAAGGGCCAAAGGAUGUUCUCGGUUGGGAAAUGUCCCCGUGGAUUGCACUUCAAUCGACGUCUUGGAGUUUGUGAUUUCAAGCAACGCGCUCGAUGUGAUGUAGCCUUGGUGUUACCAAGUCUCGGGAUAGAGUCAAGAGUAAGUGAAUGUUGCGGUGACUGCUGCGGCUGUUGCAACAAAAUACCGAGUCCUGAUGUGUCCUCAGUCCCAGAUGCUGCAUCCUUACCUGCUGCGCUUUCAACGCCCGAUGCUCCUGCAUUACCAUAUCAACCAUUAACUGGCCCAUCAGGCACAAAUUGCAGCCAUAAAGGCGUAUGCGAAGGUCAACCAGAUGGCGCCAUGUUUCCUGAUCCUGGCUCAAACGGCUAUAUAGUUUGUCAAUGUGAAUGUGAAAUUGCAAUGCCUUGCCCUUCUGGCUUAAUUUUUAAUUCUGUGUUGAAAGUUUGCGAUUGGCCGGAAAGCACUUCAGGAACUUUGAGUACACCAACUACUACAACACCAACUUCCGUUCCAUCUUCGACAGCAACCAUUGCAUCUACCACUGACACUUCAUCAACGCCUACGGAAUCGUCUACUCCAGACGCAUCUUCAAGCUCAACUUCGGACACACCUCCAAUACCGAUUGUCACAUCUACUACAUCCGAGACAUCCUCAACAACAAGUGCUACAUUUCCUUCGGACACUUCCACAAAACCAACAGAAUCUUCCACACCAGACACUUCUCCUACUCCAACAGUCACAAGUUUUACGACAUCUUCGGACAUUUCUUCGACAGCGAUGAACACUUCGACACAAGAUACAUCUACCAGCACAAGUGGCACCGAUCCUUCAGAUACAUCUUCAACAUCAAGUGUCACAACAACAUCUUCCGCCCCUUCUUCGACUUCUAACACCACGACAACACUUCCUGAUAUAAGCACGUCAGCCAAGCCUUCAACACCAAGUGGCCCUGCUACGGGUCCAUCAGGAACAACUUGUAAUAACAAAGGUGUAUGUGAUAAUCAACCAGAUGGUGCCAUGUUCUCAGAUCCCGAUUCAAAUGGCUAUAUAGUUUGCCAAUGUGAAUGUGAAAUUCCAAUGCCCUGCCCUUCUGGCUUAAUAUUUAACUCAGUGCUGAAAGUUUGCGAUUGGCCAAGCUCUGCCGAUCAAAAACCCAUCAUACCGUCAACCGGCCCGUCGGGUACCGUAUGUAACAAUAAGGGCAAGUGUGAUGGUCAGAAAGAUGGCACUUUGUUUUCAGAUCCUAAAUCAAGUGGCUAUAUAGUAUGUCAAUGCGAAUGUGAGAUUUCUAUGCCUUGCCCGGGUGGUUUAGUAUUCAAUCCGAAUGUGAACGUAUGUGACUGGCCCAUGGCCUUCGUUUAGGUCGACAGAUGUUAAAAUAUCAUAUCAGACAAAUGGGUUGCAUACAUACUUACAUACAUAUAUAUUUACAAAUAUUCGAGUUUGUAAAUUCAUAAAUAAAAGUUAUAUGUUGUUAAACCCAUGUCUAUUUUCAGUGGUUUUACAUUUUACAUGCACUGGGUUAAGAUACU